AACCAGAAGACUCCUAUGCAGCUAGCCAGCUUACCGAGAUUUCAAACAGGUCGAACUACCAGUGUUCAGCGAUUUUAUUGCAGGUCAGUUGGAUCGUUUGGUUGGACGAUGAAUUGCAUCACCUGUGGAAUAUUUGUGCUCUUGGUUGUCUGUUUAGCGCGAGGUGCGCCUCAAGCAGAUCACAUUCCCAGAAGUCCUGCGGGAGGCUGUCCGGAGGAAGGUGUGUUCGGAUGGCCACAUGAGACAGCUUGUGACCAGUACUACAAAUGCGAAAAUGGAACGUUUUCGCAUGAACAGUGUCCCAAUGGACUGGUAUUCGAUGACAAGAGCCCUGUGUACGACUUCUGUACAUUCUACUGGAAAGUAGAUUGCGGUGAAAAGACUGUAGAACCUCCAAUCAGCAGUCCUGGAUGCCCUUACCAAUGGGGUAUUUUCCCCUCCGACAGUUGCACCCAAUAUAUUCGAUGUGCAUGGGGAGAACCUAAUAUAACUGAUUGUGAAGAAGGCCUUGCUUACCAAGACGAUUCGCAUUCUUGCAUAUGGCCCGAUGAAGUACCAGGAUGCGAUAGUGAAGCAAUUGUCGGGUUCAGGUGCCCUGAUAAGAUCACCGGCCUUUCUUCCAAAUUUUAUCCAUUCCCAAGGUAUCCUCAUCCUAAUGACUGCCAAAAACUCUUUGUCUGCGUGAACGACAAACCUCGUUUGCUCAACUGCGGUUACGGUUCAGCUUUCAACUUAGAAUCCUACACCUGUGAUGCGAUAGAAAAUGUUCCAGACUGUAAAGUGCGUUAUUAAUCAAAAAACAGGAAACUGAUGAUGCUUAAAAUUAAGCUAGAAUUGGACGAUGAAGAUUUGUACUAUUGUUCAAAUAGUGUGUUGUAAUGUUAAGUAAAUUUAUUUUUAUGUUUUAUGUUGGUUCUUAAUAAUAAAAUUAUUUUUUAUAAA